GACAGCGUAAUUUUGUCAAGCACAAUCGAUAAGGAAAUGAUAUCGAUUCCCUUUGCCAUUGUUAUAUAAAACAAUUUUGAGAUUCGACAAGCACAAACAGUAUCAUGUCGUGGACGAUCCAUUUGUGUGCUCUUUUGCUCUUUGCAAGCAGUUCUUUUGCUAGCAAGAUUCAAAAUAAAUCAUGGUGGAAUAACACCGUUUUCUAUCAGAUUUAUCCGAGAAGUUUCUGUGACUCAGAUGCCGAUGGCAUAGGCGAUUUAAAGGGGAUUAUUUCAAAGUUGGAUUAUAUUGCGGAAACUGGCAUCAAUGCGAUUUGGCUGUCGCCCAUAUAUACAAGUCCCAUGGUUGAUUUUGGGUACGACAUAUCCGAUUUUGUUGACAUCGAUCCAAUUUUUGGUUCAUUGAAAGACUUUAAAGCUCUUCUGGCGCACGCUAGAAAGCUUGGUCUAAAAGUAAUUCUCGAUCUUGUGCCAAACCAUACAUCUGAUAAGCAUAUAUGGUUCCAAAAGGCUGUUCAAGGUCAUAAAAAGUAUAAGAAUUAUUAUAUAUGGGCAAACGGCAGAAAUAAUGACGACAAAACACCGCCUAACAAUUGGAUUAGUGUAUUUGGUGGAUCCGCGUGGACUUAUGAAGAAUCACAAAAACAAUGGUAUUUCCAUCAAUUUGAGUAUAGACAACCUGAUUUAAAUUUCCGUAAUCCUGCAGUAAGAAAGGAGAUGUUGAACGUUUUGAAAUUUUGGUUGGAUUUGGGUGUAGACGGAUUCCGCGUUGAUUCGGCCCCAUUUAUUUAUGAAGACUCUGAAUUGCUAGACGAACCUAAAAGUAACAUAGACGGUGUCACGUCGCGAGAAUAUAAGUAUUUGAAGCAUAUUUAUACCAUGGAUUUAAUCGAUACUUACAAAUUGUUUGGAGAGUGGCGAAAAUUCAUGGAUUCAUAUGCUUCAAAACGUAAUCAGGAUCAGAAGUUGAUGGUGAUGGAGGCGUAUUCCGAUCUUAAGCACACUAUGCAAUAUUACUAUUAUGAUUUACUUCCUUUUAAUUUCAAUUUUAUUACAAAUGUGAACGCAACAUCGUCUGCGCAAGAAUUUAAACAACAAAUAGAUCUGUGGAUGAAUUCGAUGCCAAGAGGUAAAAUCGCUAAUUGGGCGAUGGGAAAUCACGAUAAUCCCCGAGUUGCCUCUCGUUAUCCUAACAGAUCGGAUCAAAUGACCAUGUUGUCUAUGGUUUUGCCAGGCUUGGUAAUGACAUAUAACGGUGAAGAAAUUGGCAUGGUGGACAAGAGAGAUAUAUCUUGGGAAGAUACACAGGACCCUCAAGGGUGUAUUGCGGGUAAAGAGAAAUUUAACAAUACGUCUCGUGAUCCUGAACGCACGCCAUUCCAAUGGGACGCGACAAUAAAUGCAGGUUUCAGUACAGCAAAUUUGACGUGGCUUCCGGUACAUCAGAACUAUAAGGAAUUGAACUUGGCGGACCAGAUAGCAGCCGAUAAAUCGCACUAUAAGAUUUAUAAGACCUUAGCCCACAUGCACCGAACAGAACCGGCCCUUACUGAAGGAAGUUAUAAAUCAAUUAUGACAAACAAUGACACUGUUCUAGGUAUAAUCCGAAACAAUGGUAGCCGCGUCGUGUUGCUACUGAUUAACUUCAGUAAUGAUAAACAACAAGUUGUCGAUUUGUCACAAGAAGAACUUCCUUCGAAAUUGAAGGUCAAAGUCUCCAGUAUGGAUUCUGAAGUGACAUAUGGGAAAUUGGUUGAUGUAAAGAAGAUAUCUCUAUCUGCUAAAGCUACUGUAAUAUACACGACCAUAUGA